AACCACUUCAAUGACUUGCUGCCGAGAGCUUGAUUUAGGUAACGUUAGUUGCAUCAAUGCGUCCAUAAACUUUUUAACCAUGCAUAAUAUCGCUUGCAUUGUUAGCACGUGCUUCUGGAAGAUUUGAGGAUUUAUACUGGAGGAGGGCAUUAAUGUGCAUUGCAUUCAGACGUCAAGUGGUUAAUGGUGCCUUGUCUCGCGGAUCAGUCUGACUCGCCCCCAGUUGCUGCAUUUGUCCCGGGAUGACCUGUUGAUGUCGGGAAAAGAUGGUGUCGAGACCCCCUUCCUCUUCCUCCAAAAUGGAGUAGAAUUUAACCACAGAAUAUUUUAUGUGAAAUCCAGUGAUUGCGCCGCGUGCAUACAAAUAUGACUACUUCUUAAUUUACAUGCGAUUUGCAAGUAUGCGGCGGGAGAACGAUAAUAAUAACGCAUGCAUAUGGAUGUUGCUGGGCGAAACGUUUUGGGUAUAGAUAUGGUAUGUUCAGGACUGUUACUCAGCUCGACAUUGCAUAGCAUUGCACUGGCACCGAGGGGGCGAGAGAAACGGAUGUACGCUCCUCAAUAAUUCAUCUAUCUGACUAUUUUGGUGACAGGAGUAUUUGAGGUCUGAGCAGCUUUUAGCUCUUUGGUCGUUGCAUCAAGUGUGGAAACCAGGCAAUCGGGAAAUUAUUUCUCAUUUUUUUGCCCCCCGGGGCCCGUGCCAACCCGGAGCUCGUGUCCAGCUGGGCAGCGGUGCGGGCACACACACUCACCGGGCACCGCAGCUCUUCCGCGGCCGCCCUCAUCACAGAAACACCGGCGACCGACUUUAACAACUCUGUAGUGCUGGGCUUUACCGAUAUGGCUCAGAUGCUGCAGAUGGCGAUUCCCAACUUUGGCAACAAUGUCUUGGAGUGUCUUAAUGAGCAGAGACUUCAGGGAAUGUACUGUGAUGUGUCAGUGGUGGUGAAGGGUCACACAUUUAAAGCCCACCGGGCGGUUCUGGCUGCCAGCAGCUCCUACUUUCGAGAUUUGUUCAACUCUGGAUGUAAGAGCUCUAUCGUGGAGUUACCACCAGCGGUCCAGCCUCAGAGCUUCCAGCAGAUCCUUUCCUUCUGUUACACCGGCCGACUUAGCAUGAACUUGGGCAAUCAGUUUCUCUUAAUGUACACAGCAGGAUUCCUGCAGAUUCUGCAGAUUAUGGAAAAAGGCACAGAGUUCUUCCUAAAGGUCAGCUCACCAAGUUGUGACUCACAGGGUCUUCACACAGAAGAAACACCACCCUCAGAACCCCAGAGCCCCGUUACUCAAACUGGGAGUGCGGUUGCCACUGCAACGGCUCGACCUGCUUCCUGCCUAACGCCCCUUCCUUUAGUGUCAAGGGUGAAGACAGAGCAGCAACCUCAAGCCCAGCAGCCCCAACAAGAAGCAUCAUCAUAUUCAGUGGUUUGCACUCCAGUUGCUAAGCGUCUUUGGGAGGGAGGUAACCGUGAAGGAGGUGGAGGAUCAGGAGGAGGGGGAGGUAUGAGGAAAGCAGCCCGCUAUUCACAGGAAGUGGCACGGGGCACUGGAGGGGCACUGCCUCAAAGUGCAGCCUUAUUGGGUGGAAGUGGUACCACUAAUAGCAACAACAAUAACAACAACAGCAGUAGCACACCGGAAGGCACCAGCCCAGGCACCCCCAGCAUGUACACCAGUGACUCACCAAUCUCGUACCACGAUGAUGAUGAAGAGGAGGAAAUCACAGAUGAAACGACAGAAGAACAGUACAGACAGAUCUGUAAUAUGUACACUAUGUACAGCAUGUUGAAUGUAGGGGCAACAGCCAGCGAACGAGUGGAGUCACUACCAGACCACCUCACAGUUGAAUCAAGGGGAAGAGGAGUUCGAGUGAGGCAAGAUCUGGCCUCUCUUCCCACUGAGCUCAUUGCACAGAUCGGAAACCGCUGUCAUCCUAAACUCUAUGAAGAAGGUGACCCUGCUGAGAAACUGGAGCUAGUAACAGGCACCAGUGUUUUUAUUUCACGUGCUCAGCUGAUGAACUGCCACGUUAGUGCUGGCACACGCCACAAAGUGUUGCUCAGACGGCUCCUUGCUGCCUUUUUUGACCGAAGCACUCUUGCAAACAGCUGUGGGACAGGCAUUCGGUCCUCCACAAAUGACCCCAACCGCAAGCCACUCGACAGUCGGGUUCUCCAUGCUGUUAAGUUUUACUGCCAGAACUUUGCUCCUAGUUUCAAAGAGAGUGAAAUGAACGCGAUCGCUGCAGACAUGUGCACUAAUGCACGCCGCGUAGUACGCAAGAGUUUGAUUCCGAAACUGAAGCUUCUGAUGGCUGAAAGUGACGCAUAUGCCAACUUUCUGCCAGACACUUCCAAAUUGGAGUCUGAUGGCUUGGCUGUGGAGCAUGCUUUUGAAACAGGAUCCCUAGAAGGUGGCACAGCCUCUGAAUCUGGCCAGUCAUCUACAGAUGCCCUGCAAAGUGUGAGCGGGGAGGGUAACAGCUUGUUUUAGUGAGUAACACUACCAUAGUUCAGCUAUUCAUUCCCCUUCCAUUCCUCCAUCGCAUCCCAGUCUCACCUUGCGUGUUAAUGUCAUUUGGGAGCUGUGAAGAGUAUUUUUUUGAAGACUCUUGUUGAAUCUCACUGGUACUUGAAACUGGUACUUUUUAUUUCCUUGAGGCCCUCCUUGUCAUUCUGCAGAAACACAUUCCUGAAGAUGAGGGUCCUAUAGGUAUAUUUGGGAUGAGUGGAAGGGGAAAUGGUGUCUGGAAGCUCCUAUCCAGCCUGAAAACACUGUCAUGAUUCUGAAUGUAUCUUUUUGGAGAAUCCAGAAAGUUAAUGUUGCUGGACAUACGAUUGUAUUCAUCUGUUAAUAUUUAGUGGCUGUGUACCUGCUUUCUGGACCCCAUUUCCUCUUUCUGCACAAACACCUGAGACACCGUUACUUUUUUCUUUUUAAUUAAAUUUUCCUUUUAUCUGAACAACAUUUGUAAUUUUAUUUAAAAAAAAUUUUGCCAACUGUUCAACUUUUUUUCUUGCCAAAUAUCCCAAGAGAGGCAAUGUGUCAUUUAUGAAUGUAAUGAAUUUGUAAGAGGCAAUCUGUUUAUCUGAAACUACUGUUGAGUUUUGAUAGAGUCUGUGCAAGAUUCUUACCUUUUAAUCAAUGAAUAGUGAAUUGUUGUCCACGUUUUUGCAUUAGCAAAAUCCAAAAUCUAUUUUAAUCAUUUUAUUUUGGUAUAUUACCAA